AGGACUGCAAAUGGACAAUCACCAGUAACAUUUGCCAUAGCAGCACAAGAGAAAGCUGAUGUUCGGGUCUCUGCAUGUCCCCAUUUCAUUAUAUCUGGAAAUUCCCCAGGAAUAACAGCAAAAGACAUGUGGCAAGAAAUUAAAGAGCGUGGUUCUUUUGACCACCUUGAUUCUGAUGAAAAACCAGUGCCUACAGAACCUGGAUCAUCUAUCGGUGCAGCCAUAGCAGCUUCUCUGACUAUUGCAUCUCACAGUGUUGGCACUGUUACAUUCUCAAUGGCAUGGGCCUGCCCGGAAGUAAAGUUUUAUAGUGGGAAGACUUAUCACAGGCGCUACACAAAAUUUUAUGGCAUACAUGAGGAUGCAGCAGCAAAAAUUGCACAUGAUGCUAUUCAUGAGCAUGGCCAUUGGGAGUCCCAGAUAGAAACAUGGCAGAGACCUAUUCUUGGAGACAGAAGAGUUCCUGAAUGGUACCCUAUCACUCUCUUCAAUGAGCUCUACUACCUUAAUGCAGGGGGAACGAUUUGGACAGAUGGAUCACCUCCAAUGCAAAGUUUAGUAACCAUUGGAGAAACAAAAUAUUCUCUCGAGAAAUCUAGAUCAGACUUCACAAAUAAGAUUGAUACUAACCACCCAAAUGAUACUGCCGUGGAUAUUCUCGAAAGGAUGGCAUCGAUACUUGGGCAAAUACACAGUCCAGUCUUAACAAAUUCUUCUUUUGGAACAUAUUUGCUUCAAAAGGGUGAAGAAAAUAUAGGUCAACUACUCUAUUUUGAAGGGAAUGAGUAUCAGAUGUAUAACACAUAUGAUGUACAUUUCUACUCGUCUUUUGCAUUAAUUAUGCUGUUUCCAAAACUUGAACUCAGCCUCCAGAGAGAUUUCGCAGCUGCAGUAAUGAUGCAUGAUCCUAGUAAGAUAAAAUUAUUAUCUGAUGGUAAUUUGGUCCCAAGAAAGGUCCUCGGUGCUGUUCCUCAUGAUCUUGGAAGGAAUGACCCAUGGUUUGAAGUAAAUGCUUAUACCCUUUACGACACAAAUAGAUGGAAAGACUUGAAUUCUAAAUUUGUUCUCCAAGUUUACAGGGAUGUGGUUGCUACGGGUGAUAAGUUAUUUGCAAAAGCUGUUUGGCCCUCCGUCUAUAUGGCAAUGGCUUAUAUGGACCAGUUUGAUAAGGAUGGGGAUGGGAUGAUUGAGAAUGAAGGCUUUCCUGACCAGACUUAUGAUGCAUGGUCAGUUAGUGGUGUGAGUGCCUAUACUGGUGGACUUUGGGUGGCAGCCUUGCAGGCUGCUUCAGCCUUGGCACAUGAAGUUGGUGACACUGCUUCUCAAGAUUAUUUCUGGCAUAAGUUCAAGAGAGCUAAGGCUGUAUAUGAGAAAUUAUGGAAUGGUUCUUACUUUAAUUAUGAUGAUAGUUGUGGUAGUUCAAGUGCAUCUAUUCAGGCUGAUCAGUUGGCUGGGCAAUGGUAUGCUCGGGCGUGUGGUCUUUCAACAAUUGUUGACCAUGACAAAGCAAAAAGUGCACUUGAGAAGGUUUACCAUUUCAAUGUCUUAAAGGUGAAGGGUGGCAAGCGGGGGGCAGUGAAUGGGAUGCGACCAGAUGGAACAGUUGAUAUGUCAGCAUUGCAGUCAAGAGAAAUAUGGUCUGGUGUCACAUAUUCUGUUGCUGCAUCUAUGAUUCAUGAAGGCAUGGUUGAAAUGGCAUUUAACACUGCAUUUGGAGUCCAUGAAACUGUCUGGUCCCAAGAAGGGCUUGGAUAUUCUUUUCAAACCCCAGAAGGAUGGAACACCUAUGACCAGUACCGAUCUAUGGCCUACAUGCGCCCAUUGGCUGUAUGGGCAAUGCAAUGGGCCUUAUCGCCACCGAAGCUCUACAAGGAAGAGAAAAAACCAGAAUUGGAGGAAGUUCCAUUGUUUAUGCACAAUGCUGGAUUCUCAAAAGUUGCAGGUCUUCUCAAGUUGCCACAACUGGAGACUUCUAAAAAAGGCCUACUCCGGGUUUUUUUCGAUUGGACUUGCAGGAGGAUGUGGAUGUAACACUAUUUUAAACAAAAGCUUGUGGAAGUUUCUUGAGUUCUUCAUAUUUAU